CGGCGGCGGCGGCAGCAGCUCCGGGCCCGGCAGCCGCGGCCGCGGCGCCCCCCCCUCCUGGCCCCCCGUCUGGCCGCCCCGGCCUCGGCUCCCGCGGGGGACACCAUGUACUGGCUGGCGGCGCAGGGAGGCCGGCGCCCGGCGGGGAUGUUGGGUUAACGGCAUGGAGAACAGUCACCCCCACCACCACCACCACCAGCAGCCCCCGCCGCAGCCCGGCCCUUCGGGCGAGAGGAGGAACCACCAUUGGAGAAGUUACAAGUUGAUGAUUGACCCGGCUCUGAAAAAGGGGCAUCAUAAACUGUACCGCUACGAUGGGCAGCAUUUCAGCCUGGCGAUGUCCAGCAACCGCCCGGUGGAAAUUGUCGAAGAUCCCCGGGUCGUCGGGAUCUGGACCAAAAACAAGGAGCUGGAGCUGUCGGUGCCCAAAUUCAAGAUCGAUGAGUUCUACGUGGGCCCGGUGCCUCCGAAGCAGGUGACAUUUGCCAAGCUGAAUGAUAACAUCCGCGAAAACUUCCUGAGGGACAUGUGCAAGAAGUAUGGGGAGGUGGAAGAGGUGGAGAUUUUGUAUAACCCCAAGACCAAGAAGCACUUGGGCAUUGCCAAGGUGGUCUUUGCCACCGUCAGGGGAGCUAAGGAGGCCGUUCAGCACUUGCAUAGCACUUCUGUCAUGGGCAAUAUCAUCCACGUGGAGUUGGACACCAAAGGGGAAACCCGCAUGCGGUUUUAUGAAUUGUUGGUCACAGGCCGAUAUACACCCCAGACCCUCCCAGUGGGCGAGCUGGAUGCUGUCUCUCCGAUCGUGAAUGAAACCUUGCAGCUGUCAGAUGCCCUGAAGCGCCUCAAGGAUGGUGGACUGUCUGCAGGCUGUGGCUCUGGAUCAUCCUCUGUCACCCCCAAUAGUGGUGGGACACCCUUCUCCCAGGACACUGCUUACUCCAGCUGCCGCCUGGACACACCCAACUCCUACGGACAGGGCACACCCCUCACACCACGCCUGGGCACCCCCUUCUCCCAGGACUCUAGCUACUCCAGCCGCCAGCCCACACCCUCCUACCUCUUCAGCCAGGACCCCACGGUGACCUUCAAGGCCCGGCGACACGAGAGCAAGUUCACGGAUGCCUAUAACCGCCGCCACGAGCACCAUUAUGUCCACAACUCUUCUGCAGUCACUGCAGUGGCAGGGGCCACGGCUGCUUUCAGGGGCUCUGUGGACCUCCCAUUUGGGGCACUCGGCAGCAGUGGCCCUCCAUUCAAGGUUCAACCACAGGAUUCAGCCACGUUUGCCCACACUCCACCACCUGCCCCAGCAACCCCCGCUCCUGGAGUCACGUUCAAGUCUUUCUCUCCCUAUCAGACUCCUGUGCCCCCUUUCCCCCCACCCCCUGAGGAGCCCCCCACCACAACCACCUUUGGGGCCCGUGAUAGCGGGGACUUCCGAAGAGCACCUGUACCUCCACCCUUGCCGCCCACUGAGCCCCUGGCCAAGGAGAAACCGGUCACGCCGCCUGGCCCACCACCCCCCGAUGCCAACAGCAUGGAGCUGGGUGGCCGGCCGACCUUCGGCUGGAGUCCUGAGCUCUGUGACAGUCCAGGCACACCCACACUGGAGGCAUCACCUGCAGGGCUGGAGAAGCCCCACGACAGCCUGGACUCCCGCAUCGAGAUGCUGCUGAAGGAGCAGCGCACCAAGCUGCCCUUCCUUCGGGAGCAGGACUCGGACACGGAGCUCCAGAUGGAGGGCAGCCCCAUUUCCUCCUCUUCCUCUCAGCUCUCCCCAUUGGCCCCCUUUGGCACUAACUCCCAGCUGGGCUUUCGAGACCCCACACCACUCUCCUCACGCCCCUCCAGCACCGGCCUGGAGGAUAUCAGCCCCACGCCACUGCCUGAUUCGGAUGAGGAUGAUGAACUUGACCCGGGCCUGGGGGCCCGGCCCCCACCUGAACCAGGCCCCCCAGACCCUGCCGGUCUUCUGGGCCAGGCAGCUGAGGUGGCCUUGGACCUGGCUGGAGACAGGACCCCAACCUCAGAGAAGAUGGAUGAGGGCCAGCAGUCCUCCGGAGAGGACAUGGAGAUCUCGGAUGACGAGAUGCCCUCGGCCCCCAUCACCAGUGCCGACUGCCCCAAGCCCAUGGUGGUGACCCCAGGGGCUGUGGCCCCCUCUGUGCUGGCCCCAAACCUGCCACUGCCCCCACCCCCUGGCUUCCCACCACUGCCCCCACCUCCACCACCACCCCCACCGCAGCCAGGCUUCCCCAUGCCCCCACCCCUGCCGCCCCCACCACCCCCACCGCCCCCUUCCCACCCAGCUGUGACAGUGCCCCCACCACCUCUACCAGCGCCACCUGGUGUCCCACCCCCGCCCAUCCUGCCACCUCUGCCACCCUUCCCUCCGGGGCUGUUUCCCGUGAUGCAGGUGGACAUGAGCCACGUGUUAGGUGGCCAGUGGGGCGGCAUGCCCAUGUCCUUCCAGAUGCAAACGCAGAUGCUGAGUCGUCUGAUGACAGGCCAGGGCGCUUGCCCCUACCCACACUUCAUGGCUGCUGCAGCUGCGGCCGCCUCAGCUGGGCUGCAGUUUGUCAACUUGCCACCCUACCGGGGCCCAUUCUCCCUGAGCAACACCGGCCCAGGCCGCGGGCAGCACUGGCCACCCAUGCCCAAAUUUGACCCAUCAGUGCCACCACCAGGCUAUAUGCCACGCCAGGAGGACCCGCACAAGGCCACGGUGGAUGGCGUCCUGCUGGUGGUGCUCAAAGAACUCAAGGCCAUCAUGAAACGCGACCUGAAUCGCAAGAUGGUGGAGGUGGUGGCCUUCCGGGCCUUCGACGAGUGGUGGGACAAGAAGGAGCGGAUGGCAAAGGCCUCAUUGACUCCUGUAAAGUCUGGCGAGCACAAGGACGAGGACAGGCCAAAACCCAAGGACCGCAUUGCCUCGUGCCUGCUGGAGUCGUGGGGCAAGGGCGAGGGCCUGGGCUACGAGGGCCUGGGCCUGAGCAUCGGGCUGCGUGGGGCCAUCCGCCUGCCCUCCUUCAAGGUCAAAAGGAAGGAGCCGCCUGACACAGCGUCGUCUGGAGACCAGAAGCGGCUGCGGCCCUCUGCCUCCGUGGACGAGGAAGAUGAAGAGUCCGAGCGUGAGCGGGACCGGGACAUGGCAGAUGCCCCCUGUGAGCUCGCCAAGCGGGACGCCAAGGGCGUGGGUGUGCGGCGCCGGCCCGCUCGGCCCCUGGAGCUGGACAGUGGUGGGGAGGAGGACGAGAAGGGAUCCUCGUCCGUGUCCUCGUCGUCAUCGGCAUCUUCCUCCUCCACGACCUCACCUUCGUCCUCAGCCUCUGACAAAGAGGAGCGGGAAAGCACAGAGGAGGAAGAAGAGGGGGAGGAUGAAGGGGAGGAGGAGGAGGAAGGCCCCAGGAGCCAGCUCUCCUCCUCCUCAAGCUCGUCCACGUCAGAUAAGGAUGAUGAUGACGACGACAGUGACAGCCUGGACGAGUCUGAGAAUGACAGCGAAGAGUCGGCCCUGUCGGAGGCGAGUGAGAAGGAGGAACGGGACUCAGACGGAGAGGAGACAGUGAGCAUUGCCACCUCCAAGGCCGGACCCGGCUCCUCCAGUGAGAGCUCUGAGUCUUCUGACUUCGAAUCGAGCUCCGAGGCCUUGUCGUCAUCCUCAGAGGACGAGGAGGACCUGCUGCUAAGCAAGAAGGAGGAGGAGGAGGAGGAGGAGGAAGAGGAGGCAGCCACUGACGAGAGCGUGGCCCCUGCCGUGCCUGAUGAGGCCUCGCAGGAGGAUGUGGCGCUGAGGCUGUCGGCGAAGGAGCCCGUGGGCCUGGGAGAGGAAGUGGACAUCGAGGCUGAGGACGCAGGCCCUGAGGAGCGGGCCCCCAAGCUGGAGGAACCCCCCCUGCCUAUGAGUGUGGAGGAGCUGGCUAGUGGCAGAGAGCCCCCCGAGGAGCCAGGUCUGAACCAGGAAGGGUCCAGGUCGUUGUCUCCAGAGCCCCCGGUGAAAGAGGUGGAGGCCCGGCCCCUGCCAUCCCCGGAGCCCACCCCAGGGGAGGACCUGGAGGUGGAGCCUGAACCCCCCACACUGCUUUCCUUACCCCUGCAGCCGCCAUUGCCACCCCCUCGACCACCCCGGCCACCCAGCCCACCACCGGAGCCUGAGACCCCAGACCCCCCACACCUACCUGUCCCUCUUGAGCCUCCCCCCGAGGACCAGCCCCCACGUACUCCAGGACUCUGUGGCAGUCUAGUCAAGUCUCAGAGCACGGAGACGGUGCCGGCCACUCCAAGUGGGGAGGCCCCACUGUCAGGGGGCAGUAGUGGCCUGUCAUUGAACUCCCCACAGGUGCCUGGCAGCCCCUUCUCCUACCCUUCCCAGUCCCCCAGCUUGAGUAGUGGGGGCCUCCCAAGGACACCUGGCAGGGACUUUAGCUUCACACCCACCUUUCCUGAGCCCACUGGGCCUCUGCUCCUGCCCGUCUGCCCUCUCCCAGCUGGCCGGCGCGAUGAGCGGUCUGGCCCCCCAGUGCUCCUGGAGACGGGCCUGCCACUUCCUCUGCCCUUACCCCUGCCCCUGCCUUUGGCAUUGCCUGUCCCUGUCCUGCGGGCCCAGACUCGGGCCCCUGCUCAGCUGCCACCCCUGCUGCCUGCCCCUCUGGCCCCCUGCCCGCCCCCCAUCAAGAGGAAGCCGGGCCGGCCCCGGCGAUCCCCGCCAGCCAUGAUCUCCUUGGAUGGGCCGUUGGUCCGGCCACCAGCAGGGGCCACCCUUGGCAGGGACCUUCUGCUCCUGCCAGGCCAGCCACAGACCCCAGUCUUCCCCAGCACCCAUGACCCCCGGACUGUGACCCUGGACUUCCGGAACACAGGGAUCCCGGCCCCCCCACCACCCCUGCCCCCCCAACCUCCCCCACCCCCACCCCCACCACCUGUUGAGCCCACCAAACUGCCCUUUAAGGAGCUAGAGAACCAGUGGCCCUCUGAGGCCAUCCCUCCAGGCCCCCGCGGGCGAGAUGAAGUCACCGAGGAGUUAAUGGAGCUGGCCAAGGUACGGGGUUCCUGGCGCCGGCCACCUAAGAAGCGCCACGAGGACCUGGUGACCCCAGGCUCGCCCGAGCUUUCACCACCACAGCCCCUCUUCCGGCCCCGGACGGAGUUUGAGGAGAUGACCAUCCUAUAUGACAUCUGGAAUGGCGGCAUCGACGAGGAGGACAUCCGCUUCCUAUGUGUCACUUAUGAGCGGCUGCUGCAGCAGGACAACGGCAUGGACUGGCUCAAUGACACGCUCUGGGUCUACCAUCCCUCCACCAGCCUCUCUUCAGCUAAGAAAAAGAAACGGGAUGACGGCAUCCGUGAGCACGUGACAGGCUGUGCCCGCAGCGAGGGCUUCUACACCAUCGAUAAGAAGGACAAGCUCAGAUACCUCAACAGUAGCCGCGCCAGCACGGACGAGCCCCCCACAGACACCCAGGGCAUGAGCAUUCCCGCACAGCCACACGCCUCCACCCGGGCCGGCUCCGAGCGGCGUUCAGAGCAGCGCCGCCUGUUGUCCUCCUUCACUGGCAGCUGUGACAGUGACCUGCUCAAGUUCAACCAGCUCAAGUUCCGAAAGAAAAAGCUCAAAUUCUGCAAGAGCCACAUUCACGACUGGGGCCUGUUCGCCAUGGAGCCCAUCGCGGCUGAUGAGAUGGUCAUCGAGUACGUGGGCCAGAACAUCCGCCAGGUGAUCGCGGACAUGCGGGAGAAACGCUAUGAGGACGAGGGCAUCGGGAGUAGCUACAUGUUCCGGGUGGACCAUGACACCAUCAUCGAUGCCACAAAGUGUGGCAACUUCGCGCGCUUCAUCAACCACAGCUGCAACCCUAACUGCUACGCCAAGGUGAUCACAGUGGAGUCGCAGAAGAAGAUCGUCAUCUACUCCAAGCAACACAUCAACGUCAAUGAGGAGAUCACCUACGACUACAAGUUCCCCAUCGAGGACGUCAAGAUCCCCUGCCUCUGUGGCUCCGAGAACUGCCGGGGGACCCUCAACUAGGCCCAGCGCCCAGCGAAAGGAUGUCAGCCGCCGCCAGGGGCUCCCCAGCGUGGACCCUCACGGCCCCGGGGCCUGGCCCCACCUCCCACCCCCAUUUCAGGUGCUGUCCUCUACCCAGUGGCCAUGUCAGGGCCUGGCGCCCCCAACACUACCCCCAGGAUCCCCGUGGCUCCAGCCUCUCAGUGGGAAAGGGCUUCUCUGUCUGUCAGCCCAUGUCUUGUGGUUUCUAAAAGAACUCCGUUGAGGAUUUUUGUUCAACUUCAACAUGAACUUCUCUUUGUCUCUGUGUUGCUCUCCCUGACUCGCUCCCCUUUCUCCAUCUCUCUUUCUCUGUCUUUUCUCUUUCCCGUCUUUAUUAUUGUCAGCCUCCUUCCAUGAAUGCUGCUAUGUUGUUUUGUCUUCUCUUUGCUUUCUUUCUCAUCAUACGAAGAGACAUUUUAACCGUUGAAAUGUGAAGGCAGAAUCAGAGAGCGGGGACCCCCGGUGGGAGCUGCAGAGGGCUCCGUUUGGUUGGCCUGUGUUCUGGAACCCUUGGGCCAGGGCGCUGGGCCAGGUGCUGCAAAAAAGAGGGGGUCAGGCCGGGCGGCUUUGACCUCAGAACACUAUGUAAGGCUCCCCCUCUCUGCCAGCGGACUCAGUGAGGAGAAGAAACCCCCCUUCCAAGUCCCCACCCCCAGUCUAUUCCUUCCCCAGCUUCCUGGGGGCGCCAUUUCCCCUCGCAGACCCUGGUAGAGCCAAGCUGGUCCCAGGUAGGAAUUUCCCCUCUGGGCUCUCCCAGCCACCCCACACCCUGCCACCCCCAAAAUCUUGGGUUCAAUGUUUACUUUAUCAUUCGAAUGCCAGCAAUGAGGGAGCCUCCCGAAGGCCCCAGUGUGGGCCGGUGGGGCGCUGGGAAGGGUUAUGUCUACUCUCUCCUGCCCUCACCUUCACCGGGCGAGAGGAGGGCUUCCCAGGGCAGGCGGGGCCCCUAGUCCCGCCACUACGGGUGUCUGAGGUGUCUGACUGUGUGCACGUGGCAUUUUUUGUUUAUAAGCUUCACCUGCUCACCCCUCUCCCCCACCCCCAGCCCACACCUGCCAACAGCCUCCUCACCCCAAGAAGUCAAGAGCAUAUUUAUUUUCGGAGAAGAUUAUUUCUCUCAGAGAAAGGAAAAUCUUGGUAAAGUUUUUAAAACUCAGAUCUAAAUCUGAUAGGUUUUUUUUAACCCUUUUUACCCCCUUCCCGUCAUCUUCUUCAGGGUUUAUUUCCAUGAAUUUUUUUCUUGUGCGUGUAUAAAAUCAAAACGAAGGGAAAAAAUAGGCUUUUGAAGUUCAGAACCAACUUCUGUAUAUACCUGCCAUAAAGGACUUUUUCUCGGGAACAUUGUUUCUUGUAGAAACAUGUGGGAAGACUUUUUUGCUCAUUUCUUUGUACUUCCAAAAGACCACACACACACACACACACACACACACACACACACACGCAAGUCCCCCGCACCCCAGAAAGCAGAGCAGGCAUGUAAAUAAUUUAUGGAAAGUGACUGUUGUGACCAGGAGUCAUCCUCACCAAGAAGGGAGAGCUCCCUGUGGGGCCGCCCCCACACUGCGGAUGCAGGCCUGGGGCCUCUGGUAUCUCAGCUUGUGUCAAGCUUGUUAUCAUGUAAAUUCUGUACAAAGAAUUGUUAUUUUUCUCUUUUUUUGUCAUUGGUGGUUUUGUUUUUUUUUGUUUGUUUUUUUGUUUUGUUUUGUUUUUUAAUUUCUUCACCCCACACCCUCUCUGUUUGAGACUGCCCUCUGGUUUCAAGGCCAGUGAAAUCAGUGGCAUUAAGACACAGAGCAGGGACCUGGGCAUAGCGGUGAACUUCUCUUCCGUUUGCGGUUUUCUGCCUAACUGUGCAACUGAGGAAAUAUUUAUUUUUCACAUGAGGAAAUGUGUAAUUCGUAGAGACAGCUGAUUUAAGUUACUUGUGCAGCCCCCAAGGGGCUGUCUUCAUUCUGUCCCCACCCCUCACAAAAGAAGUGGGGGGUGAUAUGGGGAAACCAGGGGCCGGGGCCAGCCUUAGCCCUCACCCUGGCCUCACCUUGCCCAACCGGCGAGGGGCCGGGCCCUCCCCAUCCCCAGGAACCCCCGCCCCACCCCUGAAAUGGUUUGCCAUAUCCAGAAAUGUGUUGGCCCAUUUUUCUUUCAAUGCCUUCAUUUCUAUUGAACAAAUUUUGCUUUUACAGAAUUGGGGGUUUCUGCUUUUUAUUUUUCUUGUCCCUCCUUCCCUGCCUCCCUCCUCCUGAAAAGAUGAGAACCCAUAAAUUUUAGGGAUGUUUGUGCAUAUAGGCUCUAUCAUCCAUAUGUAACUUGUUUUGAAGAGAAGUGUUUCCGUUGUGGGUGUGUCUUGCUGUAAAUAUUUGUUCAUAUUUUUGUGAAUUCAAUACUAUGUACCAUUGUAUUAUAGUAACUUUUAUAAAGCAGACCAUAAAUAUACUGACUUUUC